UCACUGAAAAGAUUCGGGACUCAGUUGUCUGAAAAUCCAACAAACAACUCUUUUUUCCGAUUUGACGAUCGACUGAACAUUUCAUUUCUUCAUUCUAUUUGGUUCUUUACAUCCCAUUCGAGAAUUUAUCUUGGCAUUCCAAUUUCCAAUUGAAGAUUCUUAGCUCCAAAAAUGGCUUUAGUUGAUGUCACCAAAACUUGCGUCGACUCCAUUCGUCAGAUAGCAGAGCACGUAGAUGGUUCGAUUGUUUAUUUAGAUGCUGGCUCUACAGAGAGUUUUCAAUUAAUGGGAGCAUUUCCAGUGUUACUGGACCUUGGAGCACGUGCUGUGUGUAGUCUGGAAAACAUGUGUUCUUCUGACCAAGUGGUUGAUUGGAACUCCAGUUCUGAUCCUGCAAGAAAAGUUGUGGUUAUCACAUCUCGUCUACUAAGUGAUGCACAUCGAUACAUUUUGCGUUGUCUAAGCACACAUCAAGGUGUUUGUUGUUGUACUAUAUUCACAUCAAUCUCCGAGUUAGCUCAUUCAGCAUACCCUGAUUCACCUUUAGGACCAGAUGCAUUUCGUGAAUAUGAAUCCUUGCUUGUCCAAGAUUACGAAGAAUUUGCCAAGAAAUGUGUCACAAAGACCAAGCAACAAGAAUAUAGCAACUUAAAGGAGGAUAUGAAUUUGAACUCUGAAGAAGGAUGGUCGCAACUCACAUUCAUUGAAGGGGAUAACCCUCAUCUUGAUGCCAGUCCCACUGGAAGAGAUUUUUACAAAGAUAAUAUAGUAGAAGGCACAGAAGAUGUAGGACAAAAGUUGCUUGUUUCUGUUCAUCACUUCCCAAUGAUUUUGUGUCCUCUUUCACCAAGAGUCUUUGUUUUACCUUCAGAGGGAUCGAUGGCCGAAGCAUGCUUAUCAGUUGAACAUGCUGAUGCCUUUAGUCCAGGUUUGCCUCCCUUAAGUACUGGAUCAAGUUUUGAUGGUGAUGAUACUCCUCCUGGAGCAACUCUUACUGCAAAUUUUCUUUACCAUCUUGCUGCAAAGAUGGAUUUAAAGAUGGAAAUAUAUUCUCUUGGCGAUCUCUCAAAUACAGUAGGAAAGAUGUUGACAGACAUGUCAAGUCUCUAUGAUGUUGGUCGACGCAGACGAUCAGCAGGCCUUUUACUCAUUGACCGCACACUUGAUCUUCUUACUCCAUGCUGUCAUGGAGAUUCACUUGUUGAUCGUAUGUUUUCAUCUUUGCCCAGACGAGAGAAAACCAAGUACUACACUCAUAUAAGAGGCUCAGAAAGCAAACCGAACAAUGGCCCUUCUAGCCUGCAACGUGCUUCUCUUGAUGUUCAUAUACCACUUGUUAAAAUUUUAAAUGAUGAGGACUACCAAACGUAUAACUUCCAGCUCUCUGAAAGCGUUGAAGCUUUUCUAUGUGGGUGGGACUCCAGCAACUCGGAUUCUCAAAUUGUAGAUUUGAUUAAUCUCAGAAACAAAAUUCAUAAUAGUGAACCUCUUUACUCUAAGUUGGAGCAUCUAAAUGGGUCCUUUGUCUCCACUGAUAACUUCCGUGGAACUCCAUACUUGGAAGCCAUAUUAGAUAGAAGAACAAAAGAUGGAUCCAUUUUGGUAAAGAAGUGGCUUCAAGAAGCCAUUCGCAGGGAAAACCUAACUGUGAAUGUUAAAUCUCGUCCUGGUUUUGUGACAAAACAAGAGUUGCAAGCUAUGAUUAAAGCACUGGCUAAAAGUCAAUCUUCUUUAUUGAGAAACAAAGGAAUUAUUCAAUUGGCGGCAGCUACACUGGUUGCCCUUGAUGAAUCAAAUUCUUCGAGGUGGGAUGCAUUCAUGAGUGCUGAGAAAAUAUUGAGUGUAAGUGCUGGUGGAGACACAAGCCAGAAUCUUGCUUCUCAAAUUGAAGAUCUCAUUAAUAAAAGUGCUUUUGUAAAAUCGCUUGGCCAGAAGAAAGGAAAAACUGAAGCCUCAAAAGCUUUACUCUCAUUUCAAGAUGCAUUACUCCUUAUGGUGACUGGAUAUAUACUGGCUGGUGAGAAUUUCCCCACAUCUGGACCUGAUGGCCCAUUCUCAUGGCAAGAGGAGCAAUUAUUGAAAGAUUCUGUAGUUGAUGCGAUUCUUGAAAACCCAGGGGUAACCAAACUGAAAUUUCUAGAUGGACUUGUGGAAGAGCUUGAGAGCAACGUUAACAGGAUUAACUCAGAGGAAAACAAAGAAGUAUCUCCCAAUCAACCUGAUAAAGAUGAUUUUGAUGAUGAUCAAUGGGGUGAGUGGGGUGAUGAAGAUGCUAACGAUGAUGAGGAUAGUGGUAAGAAAGAUUCUUAUGGUAACAUGCAGCUGAAGUUGGAAUUACGUGACAGGGUCGAGAACCUUUUCAAAUUCCUACAUCAGUUAUCCAGUUUGAAGAGGAAAAACAAACCCUUGCGAGAUGGAACAUUUGCUUCUGAAAGUAAUUUUAGUGGAGACCCUUACGCAAGUAAAGGCCUACUUUACAAACUUUUAAUGAAAGUUAUGAAUAAAACCGAUGUUCCUGCAUUGGAGUACCAUUCCUCUACGGUGGGGCGACUUUUCAAGAGUGGAUUCGGAAGAUUUGGCCUCGGGCAGGCAAAACCAAAUCUAGGGGACCAAAAUGUCAUUAUGGUUUUCAUUGUUGGAGGCAUUAACGGCCUUGAGGUACGAGAAGCUCAAGAGGCAUUAUCUGAUAGUGGAAGACCCGACGUAGAAUUGAUAUUGGGUGGAACAACACUCGUAACUCCUGAUGACAUGCUUGAUUUACUAAUGGGAAAUUCUAGUUAUAUCCGAUGAAAUAAAAAGUACAGAGAAAAUCUAUCAGCUCAUAUUGCAAGUGAUGCUUUUCUGUAGUUGGAAAAGGUAACAAAAUUUGUGUGUUACCCACUAGCAGUGUGAUGACCAAGCGGAGACACAACGUUCAUGUAAUCAUUUGAAGAAGCUAUUUUGAUACGGUAUAUUCAUUUUGGUAUAAGAAUAUAUGUAACUAACUUCUUUUAUUUGAGGGAAUAUAUGUAACUAACUUAACUGUAUGUGUUUAUUGUAAAAAGGAAAAAAAAAAUACCUUUACUGCAUGGUGCAAUUUUCAUGCCCACAAUUACACAUCAAAUUGCCCUUACUCUCUCUCUCUCUCUAUAUAUAUAUAUAUUGGGGAGGGGAGAAUCGAACUUAGGACCACUUAUUUAUUGUGAAGAAAAGUGUGGAAUUACUAAAUUAUGUUUAUGACCAUAAUUGCUCUUACUCUUUUAA